AAAUGGAUUAAAACUGGAAGAUGAAGACCGGAGCAGAAGUAACGGAAACUGAAAGUUAGAGAUAGAAAGAGAAACAAAAAAGUUUGUCCGUUUGAUCUUCUUCUUCACGAUCUUCAUUUAUUUAUUAAUUCAUUACUACUGCUUAUACUUUUAUUUUGAUCGGAGAUAAAUAAUUUUAGAAGAAAUUUGGUUGAUUAUGUUAACGAGAUUCUGUAGUUUGACGGCGUAUAAUCGAGUAAAAAGAUGAGAAGUGCUAGUAAUAAUAAUAGUAGCAGCGUCGAUACUAUUAACGCCGCUGCUACUGCCAUCGUCUCCGCCGAGGCACGUGUUCAGCCUAGCAGUUCCGUUCAGAAAAGAAGAUGGGGAGGGUGCUGGAGUAAUUACUGGUGUUUCGGUUCCCAGAAAAGUAGCAAGCGAAUUGGUCAUGCUGUUCUAGUUCCCGAACCUCGAGUACAAGGAGCUGUAGUCCCUUCUGCGGAAAAUCAAUCACAUUCAACUGCCGUUGCAGUUCCUUUUAUUGCUCCUCCUUCUUCUCCUGCUUCAUUCCUCCAAUCUGAUCCUCCUUCUGCCACCCAUUCACCUGCCGGCUUGCUUUCCCUUUCUGUUAGUGCAUACUCACCAGGCGGACCUAACUCUAUUUUCGCCAUUGGGCCUUAUGCGCACGAAACCCAGCUAGUCACUCCACCUGUGUUUUCUGCUUUCACCACUCAACCAUCUACUGCUCCUUUCACUCCACCUCCUGAAUCUGUUCAGCUGACUACGCCUUCUUCACCUGAAGUGCCAUUUGCUCAGCUCCUCACGUCUUCUUUGGAGCGAGCUCGGAGAAAUAAUGGCACCAAUCAAAAGUUUUCGUUAUCCCACUAUGAAUUUCAGUCUUAUCCUCUAUAUCCGGGAAGCCCAGGUGGUCAACUCAUUUCUCCAGGUUCAGCAAUGUCAUAUUCAGGCACCACUUCUCCUUUCCCUGACAGACUCCCCAUUCUUGAGUUUCGGAUGGGAGAAGCUCCCAAGCUCUUGGGCUUUGAAUACUUUACAACUCGUAAAUGGGGCUCAAGGCUGGGUUCUGGAACUGUAACUCCGGAUGGUGUGGGGCUAGGUUCAAGACUGGCUUCUGGAACCGUAACUCCAGAUGGUCUGGGGUUGGGUUCAAGGCUGGCUUCUGGAACCGUGACUCCAGAUGGUGUGGGACUUGGUUCAAGGCUCGGCUCUGGAACUGUCACUCCAGAUGGUGUGGGGCUUGGUUCAAGGCUCGCCUCUGGAACUGUCACUCCAGAUGGUGUGGGGCUUGGUUCAAGGCUCGCCUCUGGAACUGUCACCCCGGAUGGUGUUGGUCUUGGUUCAAGGAUCAGCUCUGGAACUGUCACUCCGCAUGGUGUAGGGCUGCAGUCAAGACAGCGUUCCGGAUCUUUGACACCUGAUGGUGUGGGACCUAUUGGUUUGUUUCUGGAAAACCAGAUUUCUGAAAUUGCAUCAGUUUCCAACAAAGAAAAUGGAUCUAAAACUGACGAAACUAUAGUUGAUCAUAGAGUGUCAUUUGAGCUGAGUGGCGAAGAGGUUGCACGAUGUCUUGAAAACAAGUCCAUGUCAACAUGUAGAACUUUCUUCGAAUAUUCUCAUGACAGUAUAGAAGAAGAAAAAAUAAAAAGUGAGAAGAUGCCACCAGUGAGUGAUGAAAAUUUGCCUAGUGGGGAAACUUCCAGUGGAACAACAGCUGAUCAGAAAACUUCAGGAGAAACAGAGGAGGAACACUAUUACAGAAAACAUCGUUCUGUUACUCUCGGCUCAAUCAAAGAGUUCAACUUCGAUAAUUCAAAAGAUAUUCCCGAUAAGCCCCCCAUCAGUUCCGAGUGGUGGGCAAAUGAAGCAAUUGCUCAGGAAUCUAGGCCUUCCAACAACUGGAGUUUCUUCCCAUUAUUACAACCAGAAGUUAGCUGACGCAGAAUUAGGCGGAAUGCCCGGUUUACAUUAUAUGUAAGAUCAACCGGUUUUUUGCUUCACUGGAUGCCUAAUCUAUCAGAUGUAAGUCUGAUCUGAAGGCAAAAGUGUAUUGGAGAUACAUUUCAGCCUGCGGUCACUUGACGACGAAGAAUGGAGUGUUCUGUGACCCUAAUUAGAAAUGCCGAGGAAAUAUAGUUUGUAGGGGUGGUUUAGGGUGAGAAUUGAUACAGUAUUCUUUUCAUUUAUUUUUUUGGAUGUUAUACAAAAAUAGGAUUUGCAUAUAGCUGUUCUGUUCUUGAUUGUUUUUCCAUUUCUUGUGUAAAAAGUAAAUCGUUUGCAUUAUAAAGCAGCUGCAGCUUAAUGUUGAUCUGCAUGGUAGUGUUAUAGAUUCAAUUUUGUAAUCAGACUUUGCAGUUCUGAUGUUUAUUUGUAUCUUCUUCUCUAUUAAUGACUACAUUAACUAGGUGCUGUAAA